AUUUGUUUUGGCACCCAAGCUUUCCCUCUUCGGUUUCUUCGUUGCCGUUCGCGUGAGGUAGAGCUCCUAGGCUUCGCUGGUUUGCGUAGGGUAGAGAUUCGAACAAGUCGCUUGCCAUUGCCUGUCUAGGGUUCGCUUUUCCUGUUCUGCAUUGAUUUGCUGCUGUUCUGCUUCGCGUGAAGUAGAGUUCUGAAAGAGUCGAAACUUCUCUGCCUCCUCCUCCGACUUUGUUACUGUCGGAUCGGAAGUCGCGCCGGGAGCUCGCCGCUAAGGAUUUAGAUCAAAUCUUGCCGAAAUCCUGCAUCCUAACAGGCUCCUAGUAUUUUUAUACUCUUCAGCUCUUCAAAGCCCUAGGAAGCUAAGCUUCAAAAUUACUUCUACGUCAUCUCCGUAUCUUAUAUCUCCAAUGGAGAUCAAUCUAGGGAAAUUGCCAUUUGACCUCGAUUUCCAUCCUUCGAGUCCGCUUGUCGCAGCGGCGCUCAUAAGUGGCGAUCUCUACUUGUACCGUUAUGGCGCCGAUUCGCAACCGGAAAGGUUGUUGCAGGUUUCAGCGCACGAGGAGUCCUGUAGAGCUGUUCGGUUUGUUGAUUCGGGCCGGGCGGUUUUGACGGCUUCUCCUGAUUGCUCAAUUCUUGCAACUGAUGUGGAGACUGGCAGGGCCAUUGCUCGUUUGGAAGAAGCUCACGAGAAUUCAAUUAAUCGUCUCGUCAACUUGACUGAAACAACAAUAGCAUCAGGAGAUGAUGAAGGAUGCAUUAAGGUCUGGGAUACUCGUCAUCGUUCUUGUUGCAAUUCAUUUGAUGCCCAUGAGGAUUUUGUCUCAGAUAUGACAUUUGUAUCUGGUACAAAGCAACUUCUUGCAACAAGUGGCGAUGGGUCACUCUCUGUGUGCAGUCUUCGAAAAAAUAAGGUACAGGCCCGCUCGGAAUUUUCAGAAGAUGAACUCCUUUCUUUGGUGAUAAUGAAGGGUGGUAAAAAGGUUGUUUGUGGAUCUCAAAAUGGGCCAUUGCUACUGUACUCUUGGGGCCAUUUUGAGGAUUGUAGUGAUCGUCUUCUUGGGCACCCUAUGUCCGUCGAUACAUUAUUGAAGCUUGACGAAGAUACUCUUAUUUCUGGGUCAGAAGAUGGAGUUAUAAGAUUGGUGGGCAUAUUGCCAAACAGAAUUAUUCAACCCCUUGCAGAACACUCAGAAUAUCCAAUUGAAGGCCUUGCCUUUUCCUAUGACAGAAAAUUUCUCGGCAGCAUAUCACAUGAUCAAAUGUUAAAGUUGUGGGACGUUGAAGAGCUUUUGAAUAAUAAUCAAACCGAGCCAAACAUCAAGCAAGUUGAAGCUGAUAGUGAGGAUAGUGAUGACAUGGACAUGGAUCUUAUUCCAUGCCAGCCUGCAAAAGGCUCUACUAGAAUGGAUGGCAAUAGCCGGUAUUCAACUGCAAAUUUCUUUGCAGACCUAUAGCUGAGGACAUUUGCCAUCAAAACACUACAUUUUUACGUGUGAUGGAAAAUUUUGCCAUGAGAUAGUAGGACUGGUUUACUUUUUGGUACGGAUAUUGUUUUAUUUUUCAACACGAUUGCACAAUUUUGUCAGUCACCCGGUAUUUAAUUUGGUAUUAAGCAUGUAGCUGCUAAUAUAUUUGUCCAAAAGCGUCCGUUAUUUUAGAUUAUUCAUUUCCUAAAAAAUUAUUGCAUUAAGACAGUUCUUUUCUUUUUUUGAAUUUGAUAAUCUUGUUGUAAUUAAACUUCCUAUAUCGAUGAAGUCACUCAUACAAAAUGUGCUGAAACUUGUCAUGUCUUACAAUCUAUAAAUUGGUUUCACUGCUGUCUUUUCA